AUGAUCACCGGGCUAUUAAUCUGGCGGACAGCCGUGCGAGGUCAGAGAAUAAUUGCAAAAGAUCCGUUAAAAGAGAUGGGAAUUUUACGUCCACGUCCAUUAGAGUGUUUCCUGUUACUAAACAUGUUUCAUGUUUGUGGGCCUAUUUUAUCUUUAAAUGCGUUUGCAGCCAUCUCGGGUAUUUACAUGGACAACAACGAUGAAGAGAAGGCCAAUUUUUGGAUCAAAGUUCACUACAUCGUUUGGAGCUCCUUCUGCUGGGUCAUCAUUACCGCGCUAGUCUAUUUCGGGGGAAAAUUGACCGAUAUAAUUUUGAAGCACAUUAAGGAUACAAAAGAAGCGGGUCGUGCAAAGCCAAUGAAAGUAAGAAGCUUGGAGCAAGGAUUGAAAAAGUUACGAUGGAUACUUGGUGUCAUUGUUGGCGUCCUUGUAUUCUUCGCCAUUGCCUCGCUCAUAUUUGGCCUAUUCAGAGAUUUUGUGUUGACCUAUUCCUCGUUUCUGUCUCAUGCAUUGGCUGCAUCGUGGAUCUUGAUCGGUGAGUCAGCGUUGUACUUCAAAAGAGAUAAUAAAGAGCCCGUCCAAAUCCUUCCUCAUUCUAACGUUUCUCAUGGCGACAUCCCUGUCCAACCGUAUAAUGGCGAUUACACAUCUUCAAAAACAGACGAAGUCGAAUCAUACCCAAUGAGACCAGUAAAGUUAGAAGCGACCAGAUUUACAUCGUCAAAUGAUGACUCGAAGAUUUCUGAAUUGAGUUAUCAACAAUCACAGACAGAAUAUUGGUCACGAAAUAGUAGUCCCGAUGACCCUCGCACCGUUCAACCAAUAACUCCAGCCUCUGUUCUAACGCAUAACUCCGAACCAUCUUUACCAAAAUAA